AUGGUCCGAGUCAAGCCACCUACCGGGGUCCGAACUCGCGACCUGCCGGUUGCAGGCGAGCUCGCACCACCAGCAGAGCCGCGGACGGCGACGCCCCCCUCGUGCUCGGCGCAGCCGGCCGCCGGAGGACCGCACGGUGGCACGAGUCGGCGGGCCCCUCUCGACGGGGGGCGGCAGCAGCGGCGUCAAGACGGCGGAUCCCACGGCCCGUGCGCGCCGCGCGACGGCAUCGUGUUCCUGAAGACGCACAAGACGGCGAGCAGCACCGUCCUCAACAUCCUCUUCCGCCUGGGCGAGAAGCGCCACCUGCGCUUCGCCUUCCCCAACGGCAAGAACGACUUCGACUAUCCGUCGCCGUUCUCCCGCUACCGCGUGGCGGGCUACUCGCCGGGCCGCUGCUACGACGUCGUCUGCAGCCACAUGCGCUUCAGCCGCGCCGAGCUGGAGCCCCUGCUGCCGCCGGGCGCCGCCUUCUUCACCAUCAUGCGCGACCCGGCGCGCGUCUUCGAGUCGUCGUUCCACUACUACCGCGCCGUGGUGCCCAGCUCGUGGAGGGUCCGGGGCGACGACCCCAUGCGGGAGUUCCUGCGCGAUCCCCGCGGCUACUACGACCCGGCGAGCGUCAACUCGCACUACCUCAAGAACCUGCAGGCCUUCGACAUGGGCUUCGACAACAACGCGGUGCUGUCGCGGGACGACGGCGGUGACAGCGGCAGCGAUGGCGAUCGGCAGGAGGAGGAGGAGGAGGAGGACAUUGCCCGGCGCAUGAUCCGGGAGGCGGAGGACACCUUCUCGCUCGUCAUGAUCUCGGAGCACUUUGACGAGUCACUCGUUCUGCUCAAGGAGCUGCUGUGCCUGGACGAAGAGGACAUCACCUACUUCAGGCUCAACGCGCGCUCCACGUCCAUGGCGAGCCGCGGAGGCCAAGGAGGAGGAGGUGGUGGUGCUGCUGGUGGUGGAGGCGGUGCCGGCGGAGGUGCUUCUCGCGGAACCGGGGGGAGCGGCGCCGGACGCACUCCUGGCGCUGGAGGAACUCGCGCCGGCGAAGGCGACGGGGAACGUGGGACCGAAGCGGAUACCGGAGGCGUGAUCGGAGGCGACGAUGGGAGAAGCGACGGCCUUGGCCGCAGCACCGGAGGAAAUGACGGCGCUGACGAAGUCGCUGGAGCCUCGGCGGCGGCGGCGGACGCGCCGCGCAUGGACCCGGACACGUACCGCCGCGCUCGCCGCUGGAACCACCUCGACUCGCUCCUCUACGAGCACUUCAACCGGAGCCUGUGGCGCGAGGUGGCGCGCUUCGGCGAGGGGCGAAUGCGCGCCGCCGUGGCGUCGCUGCGCCGACGCAACGCCGCGCUUGCGCUCGAGUGCACCGAGGAAGGGGGCGCCGUCGACGCGUCGGCGGUGCGCGACCCGGCCCUCAGGCCGUGGAGGCCGAUUGGCUCGCAGCCCAUCAUGGGCUACAACCUGAGGCGCGGCAUCCCGCGGGGCGCGACGCGGCGGGCGUGCCGUCGCAUGCUCACGCCCGAGCUGCAGUACAUGAGCGAGCUGGGAGCCAACCUGUGGAUCACCAAGCUGUGGGUGCGGCUCACGCAGCUGCUGCAGUGGUGACGGGGACGCGCACGCGGGCGGUGGUGCGGCGGUGAGCGCUACGCUGCGCUACGAACCUGGCCACCCGGGUUCCAUUGUCGCUCACG